UGAUUUUGGAACAAAUGUAUUGAACUACCCCAAAGUUGCUGUAAAUGCAAUCCUUAGGGGGAGCAAGAAAACUUUUGCUAUGCGUGAGGACUGGCUGACAGAAAUCCAGAAUCGAGAGGGCCUUAUUCUACUGUUUGUCAACUACACGUUUUUCUCCAUUGUUUCAUUGAUCUGCCUGUUGUUUGUACUAUGUCUUACACAUACAACUUCUCCUCCAAGUGAUAUAAUGUAUUCUAUAUCAUUUAUUGCUAAUAGCUUUGUGCUUAUCAACAUAUUGUUGGCUGAUUAUGUUGUGUAUACCAUAAACUCUCACAGAGAGAUCAAAGUAAUGUGAUAAUUAUUUCUAAACAUUGAAGCUUUCAUCAUUGGAAAUAUCUAAGAAAGUGAGGUGACCAAUAAAAAAACAUCGAAAGACCAUGUCCUCCUCCAAGAAUAUCAAACAGAUGAUUCGGAACAUCAGUGCCGGAGUGAUCCAGAUUGGAAGUCAGGAAAAAGCCGAACCCAAUGAAGCACAUCCAGGGGACAUAACUCCACUGAGUCCAUCAUCCAAAUUUACAGAAUCUAACAUUGAUAUCCCAGGACAGAAUUUGAUUAAAUACAUGGUUUUGUCUCAUUGGGACAAUAUUUUAGGGCCAAGAGUCGUUCAUGUGUGGAACAUGGGAUCCGGUUCAUUGGAUUUGAGUUUACUUUCACGGAUCAGUAGUCAGGGCUUGAGUGGGGAGAUCUGUCGGGAUGUGACAAGUUUUAUAGAUCACAAACUCUAUGAGAUUCAAGACGCAGAUGUUUUUGUGACUGCCUUUAUUUUUUCAGCACUUGGUAUUACUGGGCCCUGUGUUCAUGCAUUAUCCAUAGUUAUACAAAAAGCAGACAUGAUGUUCUACUUAAAUAUUCAGCAGCUGUUUCAAAAGUGUUUUGAAAGAAUUGUUGGAAAAUUCAAAGUUAUUCUAAGUCAGGUGUCAGUUGACUCAACCCUAGAAAAAACCUACAAAGAAUUUAGCGAUCUUUGUCAGCAAUGUAUAGAAAACAUAGGAUGUCUUAAAAAGUCACGCUUUCCUCAAAAGAUUCUGUUGUCCUCUACAUAUCUAUGCCCGGCUCAUCAUCUGGACAGGGAUUUCCUGAGCUGUUGUAUUAGUUCUCACCUUACAACGUUUGGUCGGAGCUUGGUAAUAGGUGAAAAGGCAGAUAAUGUCAAUAUGAUGCUGAAAACCCUAAGUUUGUUUAAUUCGCCCAAAGAGAGAUGUUGUUCAAGGCUUGUCCAGCAGAAUGAAUCACUUCAAUACCAUCAUGAUAUGUGGCUACAAGGCCAGGUUCAGACUUCAGACCACCUUGAUUUACCUGUUUCUGAGAUCCUGUACAGUGAAUACCCAUCUACAGUCAUAGACCUCUCUCAGAAGAUGGUCCGGGAAUCCCCCACCUACACAGAUCAUGUGACUUACUCCCACGAUCAGCGGUACAAUGAAUUGAUAGGUCUACAGUAUGGAGAUACAGAGCCCAGUAUUCCUCAAGGAGAAUUGUUUUCGCUGCAUGAUAAAUCAGACACAUUGGUCACGGGACUUCUAGAUGAACUGGACAAGCUGCCAGCAGAGUGUGGGGUUAGGGAGGCCUACAUUCAGCAGUUCAAUAGGAGUAUACAACACAAGGCUUUAUGUAUCAUCAAAUACAUUGAAGGGGAAACGAACUCUGGAACUCUUCCAUUCAAAGGUGAUAUUAAGAAACUCCAAAAAGACAUAUGUAUCCUCACGGAAGGAGACUUAAGGAUCUAUUUAUCUGCUGCAGAGAGACUGAAACCUGGUUUAUAUUGGUAUCUGUUUUCUCCAAAAUAUUCACGGGAGCAAUCCAUUCCUUCCACCUCAGCUCGACCAUAUGUUCGUUAGGUGGGAUCAUUUUCCAGGUUCAAUAUGCAUUUGGUGGAUAAAAUAAUCUUGCAGUAAAAAUGCUGUAAAAAUGAGAUAUUGUUUAUUUAAAGGGUAACAACAAAUAUGAAUUUAAAGCAAAUCUGUGAUUUAAACCAUUGAUUAUAGAUGAAUAACAUUUUCCAAGUGAGACAUUUAGAAAUAAUUGUUAUGGAUAAAAGUGUUGUGUAUAACAGUCUACGUGUACAUUUUUUUUACGAGAUUGUGCUUCUUUUUUCUUUUAUGUAGGUAACAAAAGGUUUUUUUCUUCUGUUUUUUGUUUGUUUGUUUAAUGUUUUUGUACCGGUACAUUCCAAAUAUGUAUGUUUUGGUUUCAUCAAUCAAGAAAUGCACCAAGGAGCAAAACAUAAUAAACCUUAAUGAAACUUGUUUAUUGAUUUACAAGACAUUAAUGUUGAUUAUGAGAUGAAAUUAAAAAAGAUUAAAAAAAAAAUGUUGAAUUUCUCUGUGAGUAUAGUUCCUUGGGCCCUAUAAUCUAUUCAUAUAGAGCUACCAUGGCCCUGGGGCACAGUGGAUCAAUCUGUUAGGCUAAAGGUCAUCAGUGUGAAUCUUGUUACGUUUAUUUGAGUGGUAUAAAUAUAAAGCAAUAAAUGAUUCAUGCAUUUUUGAGUGCUGUGAAUCAAAUAGA